UGCUGCUGCUGAAGCCGAGCGUCACUUCGGCUCCCACGGCAGCCAUGGCGACACUCACAGUGGUCCAGCCACUCACCCUGGACAGAGAUGUUGCCAGAGCAAUUGAAUUACUGGAAAAACUACAGGAAUCUGGAGAAGUACCAGUGCACAAACUACAAUCCCUCAAAAAAGUGCUUCAGAGUGAGUUUUGUACUGCUAUUCGAGAGGUGUAUCAAUACAUGCAUGAAACGAUAACUGUUAAUGGCUGUCCCGAAUUCCGCGCCAGGGCCACAGCAAAGGCUACAGUUGCAGCUUUUGCAGCUAGUGAAGGCCAUUCCCACCCUCGGGUAGUCGAACUGCCAAAGACAGAUGAAGGCCUUGGUUUUAACGUGAUGGGAGGAAAGGAGCAAAAUUCUCCCAUUUAUAUCUCUCGCAUCAUUCCUGGAGGGGUGGCUGAAAGACACGGAGGCCUCAAGAGAGGAGACCAGCUGCUGUCAGUGAAUGGAGUGAGUGUGGAAGGAGAGCACCAUGAAAAAGCUGUAGAACUGCUUAAGGCUGCUAAGGACAGCGUCAAGCUGGUGGUGCGAUACACCCCGAAAGUCCUAGAAGAAAUGGAGGCUCGCUUUGAAAAGCUGCGGACAGCCCGGCGUCGGCAACAGCAGCAGUUGCUAAUUCAGCAGCAGCAGCAGCAGCAGCAGCAACAAACACAGCAAAACCACACGUCGUAGGUCCUUGAAGCUCCUUGAUCAAACACUCGAUAGUCACAAAUUUGAAACCGUGCUUCAGAAUCCCAGCACAUAGUAAAGGAAAAGACAACACUGAUAAUUAUACCUGUCAAGAAACUGUGAACACGUGGUGUAUAAAUUCUUUACCAAGACAGCUCGACACCUUUCUUUCUCUGGGGCUGAUCCCCCGCCGCUCACGUGCUCUUCCCACACACCGACCUCCCAUUCACUGCAGUGGGAGUCCUCAGUGUGUGAAGGGAGAGGUUUUCCAGUCUGCAGACGGAAACAGUACAAGAAGAGUAAAGUCUGUGACUUUCACAUGAAUCACCAAGGCCAGGGUUAAGUGAAUCUUGGGUCUGUAGCUUUUCCAGAGAUUAACAAAUCCCUUAUUAGGCUAUAGUUCAAACUGCAUCAGUUCAAGGUUGUCGCUACUUAAAAGAAAUCUACACAUUGCCCCUCACCUAGACCUGUUCUGCAUCCGUAAUGCUGAGUUGUCCGAAUGAGAAUUCCAGUUGAUUGCAAAUUCAACCUCUGUUCCCCUCCUGAAAAUGGCAAGUUAUUAUACUAUAUUUAUACUCUAUUCAGGUUCUAGAAUCAAUUGGCUUUUUAUUUUCCAUUUCCAUGAAUUUUAUUAUGCAUUAAUAGUGAGGCAAUUUCAGUUCAACUUUCAGUUCGUUAGAAGCAAGGAUAGAGAACUCUAGUACUGGUUUGUUUUUUUUUUAUUUAAGUUUUGUAUCUAUUCUUAUUAGUUCUAACAGAAUAUAAUGUUUAUUUAUUUCACAAAGUAAAUAUUAUCAGAGUAUAUUUGCUACAAAGUUAGGUCUUUUCUUACCAAGUGUUAUGAAUCUGGCAAGAGAAUACAAACAAGGAUGAACUGAUCAUCAUAUAAUAUUUAUAUAUAACCCUUCUCUAAAUAUUUUUUGUUAACUUUAUAUUUUUGACUGAUAAACUGAAGAAAUCUCAACUCUUUUUACCUACACUGAUGUUCUAUCAUAGAAGUCUAUUUGAUAUUUUAAAGCCUAGGGCUUUACAAAACUGCAUUAUAGAUGUGCAUAUAUACAGAAAUACAUCAUACAAAAUCUCGAUCAGUUUUCUCAAAUAUAAAAUGGAUAUUUUUGGCAAUAUAAGAUCAAAAGGAUAAUACUUUUUCAAAUUAGGCAUAUAGAAACCAGUGACAUUAAUAUUGUGAGUGAAAAGUUACUGCUGCUUCCCGGGUGAAAAUCCACCUACUUUAUUACACAUGUUUAUGUAGGUAAAUGGACAGUGAGACAUCUCCUUUCAGAAAGUAUCAUAUACAGAAAAUUAUCUGUUAGAGGCACCUAUGCUGAUCAUAACUUUUAACUUGUGAAUCUAGGCACAAAAGUUUGAUUAUACUUUAUGGCAUUAGCAGGAAGCAAGAAUUAUUUGGACACUUAAAUACCUUAGCCACAUACAUGUACCUGAAGAAGGAAUAAAUGUCCAGUUGAAACAUUCUAGAGAUCAUUAAAACUGAGAGAAAUAUUUGAAUAUUCCCUUUUUUCAAAUGCAGCCAUUGACUCCCCAAGAGACAAUUAAUUUCACAUUUCAGAUAGUCCCCCAAAUUAGAAAUUUAAGAAGCUCAGUUUAGGAACUGCUUUCUUGAAAAUAAAACCAAUUGGAACCACCACACGUUUCAUUUUGCCCUUUCAGGUGGUCAUUACGGUCAGUACCAAAUUCUCCUAUUCUUCAUAGUCCAUCACUCAGCAGAGGACAGACAGUAAGGAAAUCAGGAGGUGAGCCUGUCUCAGCAGUGUCCUGCCAUGGUGACAGAUUCCCGUUCUUGCACACAUAUCAUUUUUUACUAGAGAGAAUGGAGGUGGGGGGGAGGGGGGCAAGGGUGAGGACCCUGAAUGUUAUGUAAAAUAGGUUUACAAAAGAGAUAAGCAUGACUAAAGGGAGUGAAUGGAGAAUAUGUGAGUAGUAUUCAGUUUGAAAGAGGUAGUUCUCAUUUUUAUAAGAAAAAUUUAAUAAAACAUAUAUUUUAGUUAUCAUUUAACAGAAAAAUAUUAAAGUUAUUCAGGCUAUGCCACAUACUCUCAUAAAGGGAAAUCAUUGCACCCUUCUAAUGAGGAAAUGGUCAUUUCAACACAUUUCAGUACCUUGUAUAAAUUUGGAGCUUAAGGUAUAUUUUCAUUUAGCUGUAAGUGGUUGGUUAAUAUUAAAUUAUCAUGUGUUUUCACGUCAGCAUAAAUAUUGUCAUGGUGUUACAGAAGCAACUGUCAAAUGAGCAGAUAGCUUACACUGGUGUUUUUAGAAGUCUUUGUAUUUUAUACUUCAUUUGCAUAAUAUUAAGUGCUAAUAAAUGUAUGCCAAGUCGUCUAAGUGAAGGGGCAGUCCAUCACACGUAAGGCAUCUAAGGGCAGAUUACAUGUCACAUUGGUCCUGCUUACAAACGACCAGCCAAAUGGCCAGUUUUCUUCAGUAAAAUCUAGUUGUUGAAAUGUAAGCCUUUCUGUGAAGAUUAUAUCAAAAGUAGCUAUCCCUAAGACAGAGAGGUCCCUUGUGGUUCCCUAAAGGUUCAUUGAAGUCAGAGGGAAAAGGAAAAAAAUUACUACAACUUGUAUUAAUGCCUUUUAUUAUUACUGAUCACAUUAGAGCCACUGAGAUGUCCAAAAUCAUAUCAAAAUAAAGACAUAGGUUGCUCCUAUAUGAAGCUCAAACUUUAUUAUCAUAAACAAGUGAGAUAUUAAAAGGGUGAAAAUUUGUUGUAACUAUUCAUCAGUGAUCCUAAUGAAAUUUAGUUCUUUCCCUUGGCCUGGUUGGUAGCCAGCUUUUUCUAAACUCUUUCCUGCUAUGAUUUUUGAAGGCAAAAUACACAGAGCAUAGUUCAGUAAAAGAAUCCUCAAACCUUUUCAUUGAGGUAUUUGCAUUUUGAUUCUGUUGCUGUUUGAAGUAGAACAUCCACAGGGAGAUAAUGGGCUUAAAUUACAAUUGACUUUGGAAAGAAUAACAGAUUUUGUGCUUCCUCAAUCAUGUAAUCAAUAGGGAAUUCUCUACUUAUGUGAACUACAACUAUCUUUUAAGACAAUGCUGAGCUCUAAAUGCAAAAUCUAUCAUUCAGGAGCUUUUUAAGAAUUCAAGGCUGUCUCUGAAGAACUUCACUAGAGAUGGAUUACACCAAUUUACAAAUGCAGUUUUCAACCGUGACAAAUCAAAGUGAUCUGAUCUCAGUUCAUUUUACUAAGCUGUGCCCAUAGGACUCCGAGAUAUUGAGCAGUUUUGUCUACAUUAUUUUUAACAUCUAUAGGUAUUUGUGGAUGUGUGAAUAAUGUCUGAAUUUCUCAUCUUUUGGCUAGUUUGGGUUUGUCAUGAACACAGCUUUUUAGUAAGACCAGCUUUCAUAGCAUCAUGAAGUAGAAAUUAAUGCUCUGAAGAUUCAGGGAGACCAGCAUAAGGGAAAUUCUCCCCAAACAUGGGGUGGUCUUGCCUAUGUCAUCCCUCUCUAGAUUAUAAAAUCUCUGAGAAAGAGCCUUGUGGACUGCUGUCUCCUGGCAUCUGGAAACAUGCCCAGCACAAUAGAGGCAGUCAGUUAAUACUUACUGAAUGAAUAAACAAUUACAUAAAUGAAUGAAAUUAAAUAAAUGAGUUUUACCUUCCAAUAAUUUGAAAAAAUUCACCAAUUUAUUUUAUACUGAUGGGCAACUUCUGAAUUACAUAAUUAGAACUAGAAUUGACUCUUCAUACUUUUUAGAUAUAUGAAUUUGAAAUCAAUUACUUCAAAGGGUUCAAGAGUUUGAGGACACUUAGAUAGGCAUGUUUGCAUAUUCAGAGUUUUUACAAUGAAUAAAACUCAGCCUUUCUUGUUAUUUAUGAAAUCUCCCUGAGUUAUGAUCCAUACAUGGAACUCCAUUUAUAAACUUUGUAAAAUAUAUUUUAAUUAAAAAAAAUUUAAAUUAUCAAGCAUAUUAUUAAUAAUAUGUCCUUCAGUGUUCACUAACAACUUUUCUCUAAGGCAAUUCAUUGUGAUUAGAGACACCAUCUCUAAAUGUUCUGCUUUCAAAAAAAUCACUUUUCCUUUCUCAUUUGAUUCUUAGAAUAUAUCUGAGCUAAAAAUUAAUCACAUAGCAAUUAAGACUUUUCAAUGAGUUUAUUCAUUUAUUGUGUACCUACUAUAUGCUAGGUUUGGGAUGUAAAAUGGCAAACAAGACAGAUAUAGCCACCCCUUGGAGUUUGCUGUGAGGAACUCAACACUUGCUCUAGCAAUUAACUAGAGUUUACCAUCUCAUGGGACCUUCUUCACAGCUGAUAGGAGAAAUGAAAUCCCUUAUGCCAUGGAAAUCAUAAAAGGCUCUCUGCACAUAUUUAUGUAAGCUUGCUUUUCUAAAAAACCACACAAAUAUGCUGCUCAAGGAAUCCAAAACCAUAGUUAUAGACGCCAGUAAGGUAGGUAAUAAUUUACUCAUAACUAACACAUAGCUCUUACUAAGUUCUGUGCUCAGGACAUUCAUAGACUAUAUCACUGGAUCCCUUCAACAACUCUUUUUAGUAGGUUCCAUUUUAUCGAUGAGAAAACUGAAGCACAGGUAUGUGACCUGUCCAAGGUCACAGAGCAGAUGGAACUGGGAUUUGAACCCACACAGUGUAACACAAGAGCUCAUAUGUCUUCAUAUUUUCUGUGGCUUGGGGGAUACCAUUACAUUAAAAUAAAUGUGUCACUGUAUAUAAAAAGUACUUUGAAAUUGUAAAGUAGUACACAAAGAGAUAUUAGUAAAGUGUGAUUGGCAAACCACAUCAGUGGCAGAGAGUGGGAACUCAAUCUUAUGUUGCAGCUUACUCGUGAAGAAUACAUCAAGCCAGGGAAAUGGAUAAACAUACAGAUUCAGACAAUUUCUGACAUGGGAUAAAUAUUGCAAUGACUUUUCCGAAUUAUUUAUUGUUAGCCACUGUGUCUAUCUGGUGCUACAAAAAACCCUGAAAGAAACAAAAUCCCUUGCUAUAAGGGCUUAUAAUAAAUACACAGUGUGGAGGUGAGUCAAGGAUAUUUCACAUUUAUCGGGAAAGAUUGGGCGAUAGUAAUACUAUUUUCUCACCAUUGCAUGUGACUGUGUCUUUCUAAUUGUUUUCAUUAUUUUUCUGAAAGAGCUGCAAAAUUGUGCAGUGGUUCAACCUGACCAAAGUGGUAUUAUGCUGCUGGGAAGUAAAAGUACUAGAUACCAGAUUGGAAGUACUGUCUUCAUUAUCAAAUUUAAGUUCUUUUAAAGCAUGAAUA